AUGUCUACCACGACGCUGGUUGCACCUUCAAUCUACUGGAGGCCCCCGCAGACUCUUUCCGGCCCGUUGCAAGAGAUUUGGUGUGGUGCUGGUCGAGUGCUGUCCGAUCCUCAGGAGACUGGCAGCUCGCCGGCGCGAUUCGCCGUGUCUUCGUGGUUGCGACCGCACAAUAUGCUUGAAUCCUUUCAAAGCAAAGUGCAUGCCCAGCCCGGCAAAGGUGCAUUCAUGACUUGCACCGUUGGGUGGUACUGGCACUCGACAUCUCACGAUCAAGCCGCAAGGCGACCAUGA